AUGACUGUAGCCCAUUCACGGUUACCCGGCUGGACAGGCUUUGCUUUGCCGCGUCGAUCGGCGCGUGUUACCACCAUUGACGCGGUGAUCAUGCCCAUCAUGAAGCCAGAAGAACCUUUUACGGUGUUCACCAAGGGGCAGAAACACUGGUUAAGCCUCAGUGCAUCCUUUUCCGCCAUGUUUUCUACCAUGAGUAGUUAUAUAUACUAUCCGGCUCUUGUUCCUGUCGCUCGAGAUCUGAAGCUUUCGGUCUUUUUGAUCAAUCUUACAAUCACCUCGUAUUUGCUUACCGCUGCAAUCGCGCCUGCCUUUAUGGGGGAUAUGGCUGAUCAAAGUGGAAGGAGACCGAUAUUCCUCUUGAUGUUUGUCUUGAUGAUUGGAGCAAAUGUUGGGAUUGCUCUUCAAAGGUUGACUGCCAUUACGUACGGCGUCAUAUCGGACAUCACGUUGCCGAAAGACAGGGGCGGUUUUGUUGGUGUAUUACUACUCUUGCAAGUCCAUCUUUCAUCCUCAGCAGUUGAUUGUGUGAAUAUUUGCGUUAACGAAUGCCUCAGUACGGACAUUGCCCCGAGCCUUGGGCCUGUGAUAGGAGGCAGCAUAACUCAAGAGCUUGGAUGGAGAUGGAUCUUCUGGUUUCUAGUGAUUGUUAUCUCAAUCACAACGCUUACCAUGCUGCUUUUCUUCCCUGAGACGCAGCGCAACAUCGUGGGAAAUGGAAGCGCUAGAGUCAGAGGCAUUUACUGGAGCUUCUUCACUUUGAUCAGCAACAGAUCCCAGAAAACGAACGUGCGGGUGCUGAAAAACCGCAGCUCACUUGUAGUGAUACUACUUUACGGCAUCACAUAUUCUGUGAAAAUGACACUGCAAACAUCGCUGGGCGCCCAGUGUGUGGAGAUCUACAAAUUAGACUACCUGACCACUGGGUUGAUUUACAUUCCGUCUGGGGUCGCUGGAGGCAUAGGCUCAUUUAUAACUGGGAGAAUUCUCAAUCGGAAUUACCGAAGAGCAACUAGCAAGCUAACAGAGAACAGUGAACAUAAGAGCACUACACCCUCUGAAGUGCAAAUUGAACAAAUCAGACUGAAGGGCUUGUACUAUUUAUUUACGAUAAGCGCGUUGGGAACAGUUGGAUACGGUCUCGCUCUCAUGACAAGAGCGUUCAUUACUGGAAUCACCACCGCUAGUCUGUUCACGAUGACAGGAACACUCUUGACCGAUCUCAACUGCGAAAGAUCUGCUACAGCACAGGGUGCGUCUAGCAUAGUGAGAUGCUUGGGAGCGGGUGCAGCCAUUGCAGCACUACAGCCCCUUGCUGAUGCUGCGGGUUUGGGUUGGUGUUUUGCUGUCUAUGCAUUGCUCCUUGCAACCGAGUUGCCUUUGGCUUGGAUCAUUUGUAGGAAAGGACCGGACUGGAGGAAGCAGCACAAAUCUUGA